UGAGUAGAAUAAUGUAGUGUCGGGAGGUGGAGAGCUUCCCUGCAUCUCCAACGUGCAGAAGGAUGCUCCGCCUCACUAAAGGAUGCUGUUUAUGUGAUUAGAGUGGCAAUUGAGCCGCAUCUCUUUAAAGCUGACGCUGUCUUGAUUAAUGACACGGAGAAGGAAGGACAGAUGCAUCGAGGAUGAUUCUAAAGGGACACUGCUGUCGCUUCGUUGCACCGCCCGCAGGUUAUCAGGGACAAAUUCUGCUAUGCUACCCUUUCCUUUUUUUUUGCUUCGCAAACGUCUCGCGAAUUUAGCUAAUGAAAUCCUUUUGAUUUUUUUUAAGGACAGAGCAGUCUCCGUCUGCAGGGACGUCCUUGCAGACGCUCGCUGUCAGCCGCUAAUACCGCGCCGUUGUUGUUGUCUUUUUUUUUUUUUUUUUUUUUUCCCUCGCGUUCACGUCUCCUCCGCUGUCAUCAUCCCUCGGCCGCAUCCUCUCGCCGGUCUUGGCUAUCCACUGACGGCUAGGCAGCAUGGUGCGCAUCGCUAGCGCACUCGGGCUCGUCAUGUUCAGUGUGGCGCUGCUCAUUCUGUCGCUCAUCAGCUACGUGUCCAUAAAGAAGGACUUCCUCCUCGGGAACCCCAGAUAUGGACCGAAUGGGGGACCGAGGAUGUACAUGUUCCAUGCAGGGUAUCGCGAAAGGCCGCCUCGCAAACCUGAUCUUGGCUCCCAGUUGGCCCUGAAGUAUCUGGACCCAGUUUUCACGCCACUGGCCAAUGCUCUUAGCGAAGACCUGAAGAAUUCCUCUAAAUGGAGGUACAACAGCACAGCUUUUAUUCAACAAAGGAAGGAAAUCUCUCAGUACGUGGACAUUGCUCAUAAUUUCACAUUGACACGCAGCCUAGUCCGCAUUGGCCAGCUGAUGCAUUACGCCUACUCCAGCCACAAGUACGUCUACUCCAUCGGCGAGAACUUCCGCUCGCUCCUCCCCGAGGUCUCACCCGUUCUGAACAAGCACUACAAUGCCUGCGCAGUUGUCGGCAACAGCGGCAUCCUCACCGGAUCACGUUGCGGUGAUCAGAUUGAGAAGUUUGACUUUGUCUUCCGCUGCAACUUUGCACCAACAGAGGUCUUUAAGAGAGAUGUUGGGCGGCGCACAAACAUGACAACCUUUAACCCGAGUAUCUUAGAGAAGUACUACAACAAUUUAUUGACGGUGCAGGACAGGAACAACUUCUUUCUGAGCUUGAAGAAGCUGGAUGGUGCAAUUCUCUGGAUCCCGGCAUUCUUCUUCCACACGUCAGCCACUGUGACCAGGACUCUGGUGGACUUCUUUGUGGAACAUCGCGGGCAGCUGAAGGUCCAGCUGGCCUGGCCUGGAAACAUCAUGCAGCACAUAAACAACUACUGGAAAACCAAACAGCUGUCGCCAAAGCGUCUGAGCACCGGCAUCCUGAUGUACACGUUGGCGUCUUCUAUGUGUGACCAGAUCCAUCUGUACGGCUUCUGGCCAUUCGGCUGGGACCCCAACACGGGGAAGGAGCUGCCUUAUCACUACUACGACAAGAAGGGCACCAAGUUCACCACUAAAUGGCAGGAGGCCCAUCAGCUGCCUGCUGAGUUCAAACUCCUCUACAAGAUGCACACAGAGGGACUGCUGAAGCUCAGCCUCUCCCACUGCGCUUAGACAUGAAACUGCAGGCGGUAUUUCAAUUGUCUCACCGGAGCUUCCACUGGCCAGAGUCACAAAAAGGACCAGUCAGACAAGGACUGAUAAAUGUGGUUUUUCACAACAGCACGAUCUUGGCGAAGAGGUGCAAUAGACUCUUGCGCAAUUUUAGCACAAGAUUAGAGAGUAUAUCUCUAGCAAGCUGUGAACGCCCUGCAUUCAAGUUGUAGAAACAAGUACUCUUUUUUUUGUGUCAGUCAAGACACUCAAAGAGUGCUGCUGCUCUCUAGGUUAUCCUGCGCUUCAGCAAAACAUCACACGUGUGUUCCAUAAUGGUUCAAAUAGCAGAAAUGCUUAGUCCCUGAGUAAAACAUUUAUUGUCACCCAUGGAAUGUAUGUAUCCGAUCCUUGUGUUAUCACCGGAUAAAUGUUUGAGGAAAGAGGUUUGUGAUCACCCCUUUUUUUAAAUUUAUUUCAUUUUAACUUUAAUUUUAGCCUUGGUGGAGGUUUCUGCGGUACCAAUUGUCAUCAUAGUUAUUAAUGCAGUACCUGAAUGCCUAGAAGAGACAAAGGGACAACCGGUUUGUACCUCGUACACUAACCCAGGGUUUCUGCAGAAAUAUUGCACAAUAUGAGGGGACUUCUGUAAUAUGUUUUUUUUUUUUUUUUAAAUAUCAAAAUAUAUUGUAAAUGUACAAAAUGAUUCAAAAUCAUGUUGGGAUGGUUGCAAGCGUGCGUAUGCAUAUUAUGAAAAAGCAGUUGACACUGUCAAGAAUGGUGAUGAACUCGACACCUUAAUUUUACUCUAUUCCCAUCUGAAUUUCAUUUUAUUAGUUUUGGCAAGCUCACACUAACGAUAUCAAAAAACAAUUAAUUUUCUGUCACACAACCCCCCCCCCCCCCCAUUUAUUUUAAAGAGAUUCAUCUUUUAGGAUUGUCUUACAAAGCGUAUGCAUAAUAACAAGUAACCUUUACAACCUAAACCCCUCAAAUGCUGAGCAUCCCAAAAGUCACAAUACCUUUCCUUUAUUCUGUUUUCUUCUGGGUACCAUUUGAACAGACACGCGGGCAUCUGCAUUUGAAAGCUUAGGUUUGCGAUUUUUGUAAACUCGCCAAUUGACAUUGGGACCCUAAUUGCUGUUGAACACCAUUUUGAGAAGCUUUGUGUAUAACAAAUGAGUCAACUUCAAGCUGUUCAAAGGCAAGAAAUUGUGACGGGAAAAGCUUUAUUAUGCUCUGAAGCUUUCACUGAAUCAAGCUUUUGGUUGAUGCUGAGUUUCAGUGGAGCCCCCCAGGUAGACUUUUCUUGGCUUUCGGUGAAAGCCUUAUCCAGGAGGUUAGUGUUUUCAUUAUAGAGUAGGAGCAGGCCUUCCACUGCGUGGUUUGGCAAAAACAAAUCCUGUUUGAUCAAACUUUCCAAGGAAUCGCAUAAAUUGACAUAAAGGCCCAAUUGCUUCUUAAACUGGCACUCAACUGCAGCUAGGGACAGAAAAACGUCUUGUCAGGUAGCAAUUUUGCAAUCCAGUGUCAAAUGGUGAGUCAUUGGCGAGGUAAUCAUGCUUACAAAAAUUGCAGUCUGCUCUCAGCUCUCACAUGCAGAUGAGCUCACAUUUGUCCAAACGAUAAGUGAAGCAAAAUAGAAAAUAGGAUCUGUACAGUGACUUCUGCAAUGUUUUUGAAAAAAGAGGCUACAAUCUUUCAACAUUAAGGCAUAUAGUAUUACAAUGCAACACAGGGAUGAUUUAUGAAUGUCUCAAUAGAAAUUCUUAGAAUUAAAGUAAAUUAGCUUUCUGUGUAGCUUAAUGCUAUCAAACAACACAAAACACCAUCGACUGACUAAGGAAAUAGCAUCAAUGCGGUGGCAUUAAAACACUUUAAGCAAUGGCUAAACCUAACACUUUAAGCAAAGGGUAUUAGGAACAUAAACAGUGCAGCAACAUAUUUAGACAGCCAUUAGAACAAUACUCAGAGGCAUACUGUAUAUUUUUUAUCCUCAGCAAAAAAAAGAAAAUAGUAGUUGUAGAACUCUUCUUUGUGUCUGCAUGAUUGUAUUUUGCUGCCCGCAGGUGGUCAUUGGAUAAAUCAUUAUGCAGAAACUGUUUACUUCUUUAAUUUCCAUUGAAUUAUUUAGUUCUAUAUGUUGAUUUUUAACUACUAAUUUACUUAUUUGUUGCACGAUACAAAAAGCUUUGUUAGGUUUUUUUUUAGGGUAAGCUGGAACAGAUUAAUGGCAUUUUUAUUCAUUUCAAUGACGAAAGUGUUUUGAGUCACCAGCAUGGUCAAAUUAAACCAAUUUCUUAAGAAACCACUGUAGCAAUAUCACAAUAAUAAUAAAUAGAGUAUACAUUCAAUAUUCACACGACUGGGUUCUGGAUUGUUGUUUUAACCGUCAUUUCAUUUUGAUUUUCCAACUGGCAGUAUUUAUUUAUCAUCUCCAGACUCUAUAGGCUAUGUUUUGAAAGCACUGCAUCUUCUUACACAGUUGAUACAAAGCCUAAUAUUUAAGUGUAUUGUGCAAGUGUAUAUUGAUUGGAUGUUGGAUUUCAGUUUCUCAAUAGUACAUAAUAGGAUGGGGU